GCGGGGAAAAAUAUUUGCAACGGCGAUGCUGGCGGACCGGUCAUGUUCCGCACUACGAACGGGACUGUCCUGAACGUCGGGAUCAACUCGUUUGUCAUCAAGGGCUGUUUCACUCAAUUCGGCGGAGCUUACAUCAAAACAGCGAACUAUGUGGACAGCUUCAUCAAGAGCAACACGGCGGACGCGCUGUGGUGUCCAGCAGCCUGAUCGUUUUCGCCGUCCCUUCGUUUCCUGCGUGUUCUUUUUUAGUCUUAUGACUUUUCGUCCUGGUC